CGUCCCGGCCCUCGCCCAGCCGGGAGCGCUGAUGAUAGGACGGGCCCCAGGCGUGCAUUGUGUGGAUGCAAAGCAGAGCUGCCCGACCCUAGCCAGGGCAGCGGCUGCGGCUGCCCUCGCCAGACCGGGCACUGUCAUGCCCCCGCUGCGCGGCGGGCCGCUGCGUUCCCAAGCCGCUCCAUGAGCGCGGACCAGGAGACCUCCGGAGGGGCUGAAGAUGAAGGUGCCCGCGCCUGGGCUCCCGCUGAUUGCCAACCCCUCACAAGCCCGCGCCCCGCAAAGAGCCCGCGGCCUCCGAGGACCCGCCUUCGCCGCCGCAGCAGCUGGAGCAGCGACAGAGGCGGCUGCGGCGGCGCCGGUCGCGCGAGCGCGUAGACCGGCGGCGGCAGCUCUGGGGCCGCUGCUGCCCCGGCUGCCAUGAGUUGUGCGGAGGUGAUGUAUCACCCCCAGCCGUAUGGAGCGCCCCAGUAUCUGCCCAACCCUGUGGCAGCUGCAACCUGCCCUACAGCCUGCUACCACCCGGCGCCCCAACCUGGCCAGCAGAAGUUAGCGGUAUACAGCAAGAUGCAGGACUCUCUGGAAGUCACCCUUCCCAGCAAACAAGAGGAGGAGGAGGAGGAGGAUGAGGAGGAGGAGGAGGAGAAAGACCAGCCUGCCGAGAUGGAGUACCUUAACUCUCGCUGUGUCCUUUUCACUUAUUUCCAGGGAGACAUUGGGUCAGUAGUGGAUGAACACUUCUCAAGAGCUUUGGGCCAAGUCAGCACCCUCCAUCCAGAAUCUGCCAUUUCAAAAAGCAAGAUGGGGCUAACCCCCCUAUGGAGAGACAGCACAGCUCUCUCAAGUCAGAGGAAUAGUUUCCCGACUUCCUUUUGGACCAGCUCUUACCAGCCCCCACCUGCACCCUGUUUGGGGGGAGUUCAUCCUGACUUUCAGGUCACUGCACCCCCUGGCACCUUUACAGCAGCUGACCCCAGUUCCUGGCCAGGACAUGGCCUGCACCAGACUGGCCCAGCCCCUCCCCCUCCCGUGUCUGAGUCCUGGCACUACCCAUUGGCAUCUCAGGUGAGCCCAUCCUACAGCCACAUGCAUGAUGUGUACCUGCGACACCACCAUCCCCACGCUCACAUGCACCACCGACACCACCACCACCACCACCCCCCUCACCCUUCUGCUGCAUCUGCCCUGGAUUCGUCCUACGGGCCCCUGUUGAUGCCAUCAGUGCGUGCAGCCAGGAUUCCUGCUCCUCAGUGUGACGUCACAAAGACAGACCUGACGACAGUCACCACUGCUACCUCAGCGUGGGCCGGAGCCUUCCAUGGAACUGUGGACAUAGUGCCAAGUGUGGGGUUUGAUACAGGUCUACAGCACCAAGACAAGAGCAAGGAAUCGCCAUGGUACUGAAACACACAAUUUUAGUAAGUCAGAUUGGAACCCACUGGGAAAAGAUGCUGCCAGGAUGUUCCCUUCUGCAGUGGGACACAAUGGACAUGGAAUAAGAAGAGGAAGUGUCAGCCAGCUGACUUUGGUUUAGAGCCUUUUCUUGAGAAAGCAGAGUGGGUCGUAGACAUUGAAGAAAAGCAUUUUUGUUUUUGUUUUUCCCCUCAUCUGAGCCUUUGCCAACUGUGCAACUCUCUCACUUUCUCUCUUUCUUUUUGUCUUGCUUUUAUCAGUAGAUGGUUUAAUUUUUGUUUCAUUUUGAUUUUUUGAACCUACCACCUUGUCAGGAAAAGAUGAACCACAAAAUGAAGAUGCUCAUUCUUUCAGGAAUACAAUUUUAUAGCUCUAUGUGCAUCUAUUUUUGUAGAAAUACAGAAAGUUUGAUUUAGCAUUGAUGGGCUAUUUUUGAGGGAUGUAUUUUUUUUAAUAUUGUAAAAAGUUAAGUUCUGUUUAAAGAACUUGCUCUCAGAGAAGCACUGGCAACAAUGUGUAAAAUGCUUGUCUUUAAGAUGUCUGUGAUAUGCUCUGUGCUUUCUAGGUUACCUCAAGUGUUUGAUAGUUUAUCCCUUUUAACAAAAGUAGCACCAUAGCCAAACCAACAUAGUAUUGUAUUACAUUAAAUCUCAGUGAAGAUUUAAUUCCUUACUAGCUUACUUAGCAUUGAAUUAUCUGUAUAGCUUGAAAAGGAACUUUUCAAAUGACCACACUGAAGAAAAUUAUUUCUUUACAUUAUUUUUAUUUCUCCCAAAGAGUACAUGUAGGUUGAUUUAAAAAGUUUUGCAUAACUUGCAAUCAGAUGAAGAGUUUGCAUAGAGUAGGUAAUUCUCUUUCUAGUCCAUUUGAGCUUGAUAAAUGGAACCAGGCUUUAUACCCAACUAUUCGAAAAAAUGCAUUUAACCAUGCUACCUUUGAGUGCCAGUGACUUAUUUUUCUUGUUCCUAAUUAUUAAUUCAUGGCAAUUUUUAAGGUCAUAUUUUAAGUAGUUUUUUUUUCCCUGGAGAUAGUUUGAAGGGGUAAUAUUUAGGAAGGUACUAGCACAUUACAAAGCCUUUAAUUCAAUGACUAUUUCUGAAAAUAUUACCUAUCAUUGUGAAUUGAAAACUAACAUAAUUACAUAUGUAAUAUUUUAAACAUAGGUUUUUGCAAAGUUUUUUUCUUGCUUUAAAUCUGAUUUUAGAUUAUUUAAUUCUUUAUAACAAAAUAAUUUAGGCCCAAAUGAAAUUUAGAUUUAUACCACAAUUACUGAAAUUAGGUUAGUAACUUGACAAUUUGUUUUUUGAAAUUUAUUAUUGAAAACCCCAGAUUCAAGUUGACAUGCCUUCAAAAUCUAAAUAAAGUGAAGCUGGAGUUGUCAUUAAGACUCUGCCAGGAGAAGAUUAUGACAGUAGCAGUUAAUAUUUUAAGGACUUUUAAUGCAAAGUCCCUUAUUUUUUUUCAGCUCUUUUCAAAGAUGGAUCAUAUUAAAAAGUUAAUGUUUUAAAGAUAUUUUUUGGUAAAAAAAAGUUUUUCAGAUUUCCCCCAUCCCUGUCCUGACCCAUAUGAAAUACAAUGUUUAGUGAAAUACCACUUUUCAUCUUAAAUGUGUGUGUCGUGUAUGUGAACAUUUUAGAUAUAAGAACAAUACAACCCCUGCUUAACUAGACAGAGUUCCCUCAGAAAAUUUUCAAAGAUUUCUCUUAGCAGUAUUUUAUGGACUAGUUUUCUUUCCUGGUGCAUCUCAUGAGUUAUAAAUUGAUACAAGGUCUUCUUGUAUUCUUAUCACUCCAUUCAUUGUGUCUUCUUCAUCAGACUCUGCUUAGCACACUGCACAUUUUUACCUAAUGUGAGGUCCACAUUUAAGGUAUCUUCCACUCAUUAAUGACAUAAAUAUAGAUUUCUAGAGCCUGGCUUGGUUAAAUGAUCUAUGUUUUGAUUUAAAAUUUGAUAUUAUUGCAGUUGUUUGUGAUUUGCCUAAAUUAGUGGAGCACAGAAUUGAAUGAAUCUGUGAAAUUGGUUUGAUCUUGUGUCCUCCUGCGUUCUCAGAGACAAGUAUUUGGUAGUUCCCAUGGGUUAACUCAACAGGAAUUAUUUUUCUCUUCUUCCCUUGGAACUUACUAACUUUCUGUGCAGCUUCUCUGAGAACAGUGUUGUAUUCCCACUCAUUUAGGUAAUUCAAUUGGAUUUUUCCCAAUUAAGAGAAGAAAAGUAUGAACUCUCUGCUCUUUUCCUUAUUCUCCAUUGAACUGAAUGGAAGGAGAGAGAGCACACAACGAGAUAACCUCAUCCUUAAUCCAGACUAGGUUUUGUGUUACUCCUGGCAAACUUAGAAUAAAAUAUUCCUUGGCUCUGAGGCCCAAGAAAAGCUGGGGACCUAAAUUCUGCUGUACACAGGAAAGAUUUGUGAGAACACACCUAGGUGGUGUUGGCAUAAAACACCACCUAGGUGUUGGAUUAGAUCCUUGCAUAUACAAGGUGUGGGCCAAAUCUAAGUAAAAAGAAUGAGUGCUUGUCUAUAAUACUCUGGCAUCCCCUUGAUAUGAUCAUAUUAUUACCACCAGAAGGUGUGCAAGAUGAUGAGUUGUAAUUUAGCAUGAUAUUCUGAGUUUGUUUUAAGUUUAAAAUGCUAUCAUGCUGUAGGUCUUGUUUCCUCACAUCAAAAUGACGCCAUUGAACUUAAGAGUUUUCCAAACUGCCUUAAUGAGGGCUACCACUUCCUUCCUUAAUUUCCUAUAGAACUACUCUAACUUUGACAAUUUCAUAAAUUAUUCAAGCUUUCUGAAGACCUGUGAGCUAGACCUUAGAAAAUUAUCUGAUUUAUUUGACAUCUAAUCUAUGCUUUCACCUAAACUAUCAUGAGUUAAAGAACAACAUAAUAGUGACAAGUUCAAUCCUAAAGGGUUAUUGUUCCCUCAGUGUUUAUUUUAAAAGGGUUCUAAACUUUUUAAAAAUCAAUGUUCCUUCUUAAGAAGGUUAACCAUCCACUCCUAACUUCCUCCUCUAUUUUUUCUUCUCAUUCUUAUUAAAAUUAUUUACAAUAUUAUUUUAAGCAAAAAUGUCUAGGAUUGCUUUGAAUUUUGCAAAUGAGAAUUAGCGGAUGACAAAUAAUUGAGGAAUUAAUUUUUUUAACAUUAUAAGAAACUUAAAAAAAAACAAAUUCUAGACACUGACAUAAAACCUGCCAUUGAGAACCCAUAUUCCUGAUGCAAGUAGCAUUUGUCCAUUCUUACUCUAAGACCUGUAGAAUAUAUAACAGACUCUAUCUGACUUUAACAUUUACUGCCUGGUUUAAUGUUGUAUUUGUAAUUUAAAGGAGCCAUCAGAAACCAUAUUUCAAGAAGCUGAAUUCUAUUUCUUACUGAGUGUCCCUUUGUUAGGUAAUAUUUGCUGAAUGGAGUCAAUGGGGCAGUGGCAUUAAGUGGUGGAAAAAGAAAGUAUUUGUGUUAGAGGUCUGACAUGGGGAUGAAUGGAGAAGUAGAAUGAAUUAAUGGAAAAAAGUAUUUGGUUGAAUGUUAGGUCAUUCUUUGAAUUUUGGCUUAGCCACAAUUAGAUAGGUGUAAUCUGGGGUUUCAUUUAUUUAUCUCAUGAAUAAAGUGGGAUAGCAAUACUGGUGGGCUGUGACGGUUGGAAAUUAUAUGUAUAUAUAUAAUCAAUCAUCCACUCAUAGUAGAUGCUCAAUAAAUGACAGCUACCACAAAUGUCUGUCAGUUGAGUAAAUAGAUCAUAAAUCUGAGCUUACCAAUGUCCCCCCUCUUUACUUUCCAUAUCCAUUUCUGCAGAAGUAGAACUAUGACUAUGCUUUUCUGAAACAAAUUAAUGCAAGAGAAUUUUUGCCUUCUGCUAGGUGUUGAAGAUAAAAUGUAAAUUUCUUAAUUAUCUCUAAUAUUUGAGCAUGCCAUUUAUGAAGGUAAAUAAGUUUUAAGUGGUAUGGAGGUUCAACUCUGAGUUUUAUUACAUAUUCUAAAAUUUUAUUUAUCUAGGACCCUAUGAAUUAUUUUCUCCAAAAUCCCGACAACAGGUUCAAUAAAUCACCUAAGUUUAUAUUUUUCAGUUAUAUUUUGGGCUUCUUAGCACCUGGAAUAAAAACAUCUUUUUUGAAGUUAUUCAAUUUUUUUUCUACUUGCCUUGGAGGAAAAAUUGCAAAAUAUGGUGGAAAAAAGUCGUCCACAUGUAAAGGAGAAAAAAAAAAACAGAACCAUUUACGAUCUCAGUCAGCAGAUUUACUCUGCUUGAGAAAGAGAAACAACUUUAACAACUUUAUUGGAAGCAGAUGUUGACACUGUGUCAGUUAUUGAAGAUGGAAAGUGUUCAGUUGAACCAUUGCGGUUACAAAGGGGUAUUGAUGGCAGUUAGAAUUUCUGUGAUUGAUCACCUUCACAACAGGCAGGAUGGCAGAAAGCAGGAACUGCUGAGACCAAGGCUGCAAUCAGCCUGCCAAUUUUAAUAUGCAGGACCCUAUGGAUGUAGUUUUGUUUUAUUCUUUCAUCCAGGAUAAAAGGCACAUCUUUUAGAAAAUUUAAGGCUUUUGAGAAAAAUAUUACAAUUUAUUUCCUAAAAUCAUGGCCCAAGAGUCCUUUAAAUCUAGUAUUAAAACAUUAAAACUAUUAUUAAACUUGUUUUGGAAAAAUUAGAUUAAAGUUUUAAUUCAGCAAUGUAUGUUGAGGAUGCUGAGUAUAUAAACUUCACAGAAGUCAAUGAGUCUGGAGAUUGGGGUAUUGGUGGAGCCUGCAAGAAAACCUCAGUCUCAAUAGCUUCGAAAUGUUAAUUACCUUAGUAACUUGGUCAUGGAUAUUGGUCACAGAGCAAACUUUGUAGGUUUUUUCCCUUUAGUGCUUUCUGGAAAUAUUACCUUAUAUUCUUUCCCAAAGUAUAGAAAUAGUCAUUAUCAUUAAAAUAUCUUAAUUUUUUAAAUUUGUAUUGUCCAUUGUGUUCUUUUGUGAAAAAUAUUUUCAUAGUUUUAAAUAAUUGAUCCAAACCAGUUCUUUUGAAAUUGCAAAUGAAUUUAAUCCAACAAAUUUAUCUGAACGCUCUUUUAAAAUUCCAAGGAAUAAUAAGUGUAACUUGUCAAUUCCAUCGUGUAAGUAAACAAUGACUCUCUAGAAAAGGGCAGGUCACCAUCAAUUAGCUUCCUUUUGAACAGUUUUUGGACUACUAAAUUUUGACCUAAGAUUAAUUCUUUUAGUAUACAAGAUUCUUUAAUUAGCUGUUUUGGUAUAUGCAUAAGAUGUGAACCUUUUAAAUGAUAUCCCUUUAUACUAAUUAGGUGUACAUAUUUUCUUAUGUAGUGGCUAGCACAAAAAUUAAUGAUUAACUUGAUUUAAUUUCUUAGGAUAUUUACAAUUUUGGAUAUUAUAUCUGAUUAAAAAAUAUUAUCCCAUGCAUUUUUCUGGAUAUACAAUAUAGGGAAGGGUUUUCAUGUGAAUUCUUUGUAUCAUUUUAAAGUGCAUAUAUUGAAAGGAAAACACAGGUUCAAUUUGUUUUCAUCAUUUAAAUCUAAGUAAGAUAAUAUGCUUUUAUAAAAAUUAUGUAGUAUGGUAAACUUAUAUUUGUCACUUGAUUAAGUGAACUGAAAGGUAAUGAUAGAAAUAUCUUACAACCUUGAAAUACAGUGAAAUUACAGAUUUGUUAGAAUCAUGAGCAAUUUUAUGCUAACUUAAUUUUACAUUUCCAGAAAGACAAAUCAACUAAUCUUAGCCAUGUUGUCAUUCUUGGUUUACAAAAGGAUAUGAAAUUCAUAAAACUCUUGGCUUUAAAACGACUUAUAGAAUCAUAUUUUGUUUUUCUGUUUUUCUUGGUUUUGGGGAGAGAGACAUGUUUGUAUUUCUAUUCACUCUUCAAAUGCAGGUGGUGUGACUGUGGGUUGAUGAUAUAAGAUAAUGGAGGACUUUGUAAUAAAAACAGAUGUCAUCUUCAAUUUGUCCAAUAAAUAACUUAAUGUGAACUUAA